CCUAGAUACUCUAAAGUGAGAGUACUCAAAAAUCUUUGAUUUAUAAGUUCAUCUCCACUAACAAUCUCCUAAACUCGUGUUCUGUUUGCUUAUUUUUGUUUUGUUUUUAGGUGUUUUUUUUCAGAAUUUCCAAAUAAUCAAUCAUGGAGGCCUAUCACGGAUCAUGGAAAAUCGACAUCGCCCAGACGAAGAACAUGGACGAGUUUUUGAAGGCGGCAGGUGUGUCAAAGAUCAAAGACACGACACUUGAGGAAGUCUACGUGAGGUGCUGAAUACAGAUCUCUACUCACCUUUAUCCAGUGACAUAAGCUAUAGUUUUAAAAUUUCUCAACUGACCACCACUCCCACCCCACCCCCCUCGAAGUUUGUAUGAAAUAAAUACACAUGUAUUUAUAACACUCUACCUCUCGGCAAGAAAACGUGUUUUUUUUGUGUUUUAAAAAAAAAUUAUUUUUAGGGAGGGUGUUGUUGUUUUUUCUUUUAUUGUUUUUUAAAUAUUUUUUAAAAACAUCUUUCACCUCUUAGAUACAUGUCACUCUUCAAGUUAUAAUAAAGAAUCAAGAUUUCAAUGGCAGAUAU